AACGGCCGGUUGUAGAAUUAAACACUUAGCGGGAGUUUUCAGAUCAUCUUCUUCGCGGGAAAGACUCCUAACAACAACGCGGUAAAGGGGAUUUUCGUCGAAAGAUCUAACAAACGUUUUAGUGUUAUUUACAGUUAUUUCAGAUCGUCCUCUGUUGGAGCGUAAACAUGCUUUUCCCCUCAGUUGUUGACAGAAGACUGGGUAGACACAGGCAAAAUGCCCUUCCUGCAGAUUCUCAGUCCAGGAUCCCUCUUUCACUGCUUGAAGGGUACCAGUGCGUGCAACAUGAUGAGCACAUCUCUUAUGGGAACAUGGGUGGCUCUGUUCCACCAUUUGGAUUGGCUUUCUCCUCUGCAGAGGACCUGCACAAUGUCCUUGCAGCAGCUAAUGAAGAAGGCAUUGUCCGGAUCUACAACACUGAGAACCGUGAAAACUUUCUCCUUAAAGAGUGGGUGGCUCAUGAGAAUGCUGUCUUUGAUAUUGCAUGGGUACCAGGGGAGCCUCAGCUGGUGACUGCUGCAGGUGACCAGAUGGCCCGACUUUGGGAUGUGAAGUCUGGAGACGUGUUGGGAAGCUUUAAAGGCCAUCUCUGCAGCCUCAAGUCUGUUGCAUUUGCACCAGAGGAGAAAGCUGUGUUCUGUACCGGAGCCAGAGAUGGAAACAUAAUGGUCUGGGAUAUCCGGUGCAGCAAAAAAGAUGGUUUUUACAGGCAAGUGAAGCAGAUCAGCGGCGCUCACAACAAAGCAGAGACAAACCCCCCCUCAAAAGUCAAGAAAAGACGGAGCAGCAUGCGGGGCAUGGCUCCGAGUGUGGAUACCCAGCAGAGCGUUACAGUAGUUUUGUUUCGGGAUCAAUACACACUUAUCUCUUCAGGGGCUGUCGAUGGAGUAAUCAAAAUGUGGGAUCUGAGGAAGAACUACACUGCAAACCGUCACGAACCCGUGCCCCUGCAGACAUAUCCAUAUGCUGGAUCAAGCACGCGCAUGCGACUGGGUUUUUCUGGACUCGUUCUGGACUCCUCAAGAUCCAACGUCAUGUGUAACUGCACAGACGACAGCAUUUACAUGUACAACGUCUGUGGAGUAAAAACAACUCCAGUGGCAGUUUUUAGCGGCCAUCAGAACUCCUCGUUUUAUGUCAAGUCCACUAUCAGCCCUGAUGACCAGUUCCUGGCCAGUGGCUCAAGCGACAACCACACAUACAUUUGGAAGGUCUCUGAUCCUCAACAUCCUCCCAUGAUGCUUCAGGGUCACAGCGAGGAAGUGACAUCUGUCCUUUGGUGUCCGACAGAUUUCACUAAGAUUGCUUCCUGCUCUGAUGACCACACCAUCCGGAUCUGGCGGCUAAAUCGGCAAACUGAUGGAGCACAGUCAUCAGUGGGAGAGGCUAACAUAGUAGGUUGGGCACGUCCCGUGCUACCCCAAAGGCUUUCAGCCAAAACCGAGACAACCCCUGCCAAGACCCAGAUGACAGAGAGUCUUGGUGGCCUUGCCUCCCCCCAGCUUGCUGCUUGUGCCCCCAGCGGAGCUGCCUUGCCUCUUCCCUCUAGCACCACAUCACCCAUCCAGUCUAAGGCAGUUGCUGCUCAUCAGAAAACACUGUCCUCCAUUAAACAGUGGUUAUCUCCGUCGCAUGCAUCUCCCGGUCAGGCUAGCCCUCCAUCCCGCCGGGUGCUGAGUCAGUGUCCUCAGAGCCCGGCAAACAGCUCCUCUACCCCAGAGCGACGGGUCAAACGCAGGUUGGAGACUUGUGACAGUUCUGUAGGCUGCAAGGGCAAGGAACAGUGUGACUGUGUUACUGAACUCUACCCUGUGGCCAAAAGAGGCCAAACCCUGACUGGUGUCCACUGUACUGCUCAGUGUUCAGCGCAGGUGGACUGUCGCACAGACAACAGCAAGCAAACCUCAUCCAGGCAGACUGGAAAGGAGAACUACUCUCCCAGAGGAACGAACUGGUUGUCGGAGUUGGGCCAAAAACUAAAGAAAGGUCAAGGAACUUCUAGUAUUCCCAAGAGUCCCAGUGGCUGUAAAAAAGAAGAAAACAGGUCAACAGCUUCACCAACCAUCCGCUCACCCCAGACCAUGAAGAAAAUCUCCAUGUAUUUUGCAAGAAUGCCUUUGGAGUGACCCAUUUGAUUAUAUUUAAUUAUUAUUAUUAUUAUUAUUUUCAAAGGACAGAUAUUAACCAGGGCCUUACAGAGAUUUGCAAAAACAGCUAUUCUGAAUAUUUUAUGCUCUGGUUUUGACAUUCAGACCCUUGUUUAUUAUUUUGAUUUGAUUUGAGUUGUGUUUUUGUGGAGUCUCUUCCUCCAUAGCAGACUAUGUUCAGAAUUUCUGGCUUGGAAAUUAAAUUGUGUGUUGCUGAGUAAACUGGCCAUUUACUCAAAUCUAUCAACUUUAAAAAUAUGCUUAAUCAUUUAACAUAAUAGUCCUCAUUCAACAAAUUGUUCUGGGAAUUGCACCUUUUAUUAAUUCAGCAGAAUUGAUAUUUUAAAUCCUGAAAAAAAUGUCAAUCACAUUUUAUUUGCCUCUCAUCUUUAAGCCUCUUAUAAACUUGACUUGCAUUAAAAGGUUGACAUUGGUUCCUUAAGAAUUUGCAAGUAAAUUAUUCAUUAUUACUUUGUUUUUUAUGUUUUUUUAGUGCUCUUCCGCCAGUGUUACAUGAAAGAUUUGUGAAAUCUGUUUUUCUUUGUUGUUUAUAUGUACAAAAUAACCAAAGAUUGUUUGGCUUAUUUGUAUUAAACUGACAACUGUUUGUUGGU